AUGCUUACUCACACAAAUGAAAGGCCCUACGUUUGUACAAAGUGUCCACAAGCCUUCAGAUGUAGAUUUUCUCUCAUGAGACAUGAGGUAAUCCACACCGGUGAAAAAUCUCUCAGCUGCUCAGUAUGUCAGAAGAGAUUUGCCGACCCCAGUUCUUUCAGAAGACACAAACUCAUACAUACGGGCGAGAAACCUUAUGGCUGCUCCAUCUGUCAAAAACAUUUUACUCGAUCCAGUGAUCUCAAGAAUCACAAACUCAUCCAUACGGGCGAGAAACCUUUCAGCUGCUCAGUGUGUCAAAGAAGGUUUUCUGACUCCAGUAAUUUUAUUAAGCACAAGCGAACUCACACGGUUGAUAACUCAAGUUACCAUACGUGUUCGAAAAAUUCCGAUACUAGACCAAAUCUCAUGAAUGACCAGCCAACCCACGCGAGUAAAGAGUCCAAUGGUUCACCAUCUUCGAAGAGUUUCAAUCAAAACGUCACCAACCCAACAAAUCAUUCAGUAGUCUGGGAGAGCGAGGAAAAACCAUUUGAGUGCUUCAUGUGUAAAAAGAGCUUUGUAAGGAAAUACCAGUGGGAAAUUCACUCAAAUAAUUGCGAAUAG